GUACCUUCUUUUCGAGACUGUCGUUGUUUUCUUUACACAGUUUGAGUGAAUAGUUAUGAUUGAUUCUUCUGGUGCAAACGUUGUUUUAGCUUCAUCCAGCGACGAGAAUCACCCACCAGAAAACAUCACUGAUGGAAACAAUAAAACGUUUUGGAUGUCCACCGGAAUGUUUCCUCAGGAGUUCAUCAUUCGCUUUCCUGAAACGACCAACAUUUCUACCGUGACAAUGGACAGCUACAACAUUAAGCAUCUAAAGAUAGAGAGGAACACCUCACCAAAUGCAGCUAACUUUGAGCCUGUCACACAGGAAGAGUUUGAACACACAGAGGGACACCUCCAGUUGAAUUCUAUUUCACUAAAGGGCUGCAGUGCAACCCACCUACGUUUUAUUGUCACUGAGGGAUACGACCACUUUGUGUCAGUACACAGAAUCAGUGUGAAAACUUGAUGAACUUUAAUUGAGAAAUUGUUGUAAAUUAAAUACCCAUUAACAUUUA